UGACCUGAAGGGCAACAACCACUAUUUUUUACAGUAUGACUCUACUGCUGUUGAGACCAAAGCAUGCCAUAAUUAGAAUUAAAACAAACAAAGUCAAGCAAACUUAAAACGUUAAGAGACUCACUGUCAGGAGAAACUGACAGUGAGGACAACACUUGAUGACGAUUGGCUGCUAAGGGAGGGGACAGUAUGUAGACCCUGAUAAAUGUGAAGCUUCAUGGUCUCCCCUGACAAUCAUCAAUGGCCAGGAACCUUCAACAGACACACACUAUUGCUCCCACCCACACACAUUUUGCAGAAGUCAAAAGUUCCUUUUUCAAUUUAGAGUCAAACAGCGGGCCUUGUUUAUUUCACUUUAUUUGACUCCAGCUGAAGGCCUCCGAGUGUAGCUCAGGUUAUAACUCUAUGCUAUACAAUAAGAGAGAGGGAGAGACAUCUUUUGGUUUUCGUUGAGUGAGAGGAAAUUUUGAAACAUUGUGCAAUGGUGCCGCAAAGGUUUUGAAAGGUUGUGAGAGCUUUUUAUCCUGCAAAGCAUCUGAGACUCGGUCCGUUGGAGAAGAGGUCUCCAUGUUGCAUCCAUACAGAAUGGAGAGCUACCUCAUCCCGCCUCACUCAGAAGAAAUGUACGAUUCUGAGAUCUACAGACAUCAAAUUGCAGAAUAUUAUAAUCCAUAUGUCCUAGAUGCAGAUAUCCAGGCAGAGCACUGGGAGUACCACACUCACCCUCACAUACACCCUGUAGAGUUUGAGAACCUCCAAGGGGCUAACUUCACAGAGCUUCAGAGUGUGCAGCCUCUGCACGGGCCCAGUCUGUUACGACACGAUGGCAUACGGUACGAUGCAGAAAACCUGCUGGAUCCAAAUCUUGGAGCACAUCCUCACGUGUUACAGCAACCAGUGGCGUUCUUCCCUCGGGCAUUGUAUCCACCAAAUGUGUCCCAGCGCAGCUCUGAUGAUGAGGAGCACGGAGCACGAAGUCCCCCACUGGAGGUGUCUGAUGAGGAGUGUCUGAGAGAUCGAGUCUCUUAUGUCACACCAGGAGAGCUGGGCAAUAAAAAGAAGAUCCGAUUGUACCAGUUCCUGUUGGACCUUUUGAGGAACGGCGAUAUGAAAGACAGUAUCUGGUGGGUGGACAGAGACAAAGGGACAUUCCAGUUUUCCUCCAAACACAAGGAGGCUCUCGCACACCGCUGGGGAAUCCAGAAGGGAAACCGCAAAAAAAUGACCUAUCAGAAGAUGGCUCGUGCCUUACGCAACUAUGGCAAAACUGGAGAGGUGAAAAAAAUAAAGAAGAAGCUGACGUACCAGUUCAGUGAUGAGGUGCUGGGGAAGAGUCAUCUGGAGAGAAAAUACAUGUAGGCAGGAGGGAUCCUGAAAUGUCAAGAUUUACACAUGAAAAGUGUUAGAUGCUUCGAUGCUUAAUCAAACUUGCUGUUCUGGAAAUUGCAUUUUGUGAAUAGCACCAUUACUGCUGUACAGUGGGACCAAUAGAUUGGUAGUGUACAGUCAUAAAGGAAAAAAGUGGAAAGAGAGAGGAGGGCGUUGCAGUUUCACUUUAUGGAUCCUAGACCCUGGGUCACUUUGAUGCUCAGUAUGCAUUUUUAAAUGUGGGUGCACACACAUAUCAGUGCAUUUUCUUUUUGGAAACUUCUGUUUAUAGAUUUUCAAUGUUAAGGGACAAAUAUUUUGUUUGACAACUAGUGAGAGUUGAAAUAUCCCGUAGGCCCUGAGCCUUCUUUCUAAUGUCUUUGACUCUUUGUGUGUUGAACAGGCUUAAGUUUUCUUGUGGGUAAUACUAUGUGUACUACUCCAUGUAUAUAGAAUUGCAAAUUCAUAUUUAAAACAAGAAGACACAAAUAAGUAAUAAAUGGGAUAGACUAACCUUAAAAUGAAUCUAUCCCAUUAGGACAAUUAUAAGAUCAUUACUAUGGUAUACUUACAUGACAAAAGUUUUGUACAUGAAACUCUGUAUGUUCUAAUGAGGAACUGCUUGUAAAAAAAAUAAAUUCAUCACAAACAUA